AUGUCUUCCGAAUGUAGUGGACAAGCGCGCAGCUGGACAUCCAGAAGAGAGACCCCGAGCGCUCACACCCUCGCGGCCCCGGCCUCCCGGGCGCAGGUUCCCCGUGGGUGGGCGGGGCUGGGCCCAGAGAUCCGCAGGCCGCCGGGAAUAGGCGGGCGGGCUGGGCAUCCGGGCGGGUGCAGAUGCCUAGGAAAGCUCAUGCGGGACCGGGGCGCCGCUCCUGUGGGCAGGCAGGCAGACAGGCUGCAGACAUCUCUCCACCGCCGAUCCCAGACCCAGCCCCUCUUCCCGGAACCGAGGCGCCCCCAACCCCACAGCCACAGCAUCUGCUCCGUGUCGGCGCAGCGGGACCUAGGCCCGCGCCCGGCGCUGUUGUCCCCGGCGCCCGCCGUUGGCUGCGCGGUCGCCUCCAGUCCCCGUUGCCCCCUCCCAGGCUGCCUGCCCCAUUUCCCCCGCGCCUCACGGGGCCCCGCACUGGCUCCGAGAGACCCCAGGGGCGCGGUGCGCGCGGAGCGGCGCCGUGGGCGGGGCCUCGCGCAGGACGCCCCGGGAUUGGCCGCGGGAAGCAAGGGGUGGGGCCAGUCGCGGAGAAAACAGCGCGCGCGCAAUCCGGCUGCAGUCCCAGCCCGGAGCCUGAGCCUGCACUAG